AAAAAGCAGAACGAGAAUCUGCGUUUUUUUUAAGUCCUCCUUUGCGGCUUUAAACCGCAACUGCUUCAUGUUGUUACUUCUGUUUUAAUAGAAAGUGAAAGUAUGUCGCAGAUACAAAACGCGUCGUUAACUCGAUGGCAUCAGUUCAAACCAGAUCAAACUAAAUAGGACUAAACAGCAGCAUUUCUCUCUGACUCUGAGACUCUCUGAAGCCCUGAAGAUGAGUGGUUGUGACUCUGAUGAAGAAUCUUCUGCAGCCAGUUUAGCUCAGAGUGAUCAAUCCAAAGAAUAUCCUCCAGAACUCAGCACAGAACCCAAACCUUCAAAAUUCUCUGAAGCCCUGAAGAUGACGGACUGUGACUCUGAUGAAGAAUCUUCUGCAGCCAGUUUAGCUCGGAGUGAUCAAUCCAAAGAAUAUCCUCCAGAACUCAGUGCUGCUGGAAGAAGUGAUCAGACCACCUCAAACCGACUGCAGAUGCAAGGCACCCUGAAUGUGUUUGAAUCCGAAGCUCUGGCUUUUCUGAACAAAGCUCUGAAAACACACCAGAAAGUUCUUUCUGGAAAACACAAAAGACUGUUUGAGAAAGAUGAGCAGGAGGAUGAAGCUGGCGAAAAGCUGUUGGAGUGUGACAGUGAAACAAGUGAAGCAGCUCUGAGGGUCAUCCUCUAUAUCCUGGAGACCAUAAACCAUGAUGAACAUCCUCGGAUCCUGCAACGAAGUCACAGUUUUUAUGAAACAGUUGGCGAGUACCAGCACAAACUGAAAUCUUCCUUGAAGAGGAAACAUGGCUGGUUGUUGGAGGUAAUAAAUGCAGAGCAGCAGCCGGUGCCUCUGAAAAAGAUUUAUGCAAAGCUCUGCUUGAUCGAGGGCGACAGUGGAGAGGUCAACAAUGAGCAUGAGGUGAGACAAAUCGAGGAUUCAUUCAACAAACAGAGAUCUUCUGAGACUCUGAUCAAGUGCGAGGAUGUCUUCAAGCCCUUACCCAACCAAAGACAACCAAUCCGGACGGUUCUCACCAAGGGAAUCGCCGGCAUUGGCAAAACUGUGUUGUCACAGAAGUUCAUCCUGGACUGGUCCGACGACAAGGCCAAUCAAGACAUCCAGCUCCUGUUCGCACUUCCAUUCAGGGAGUUGAAUCUGUUCAGGAAUCAAAAGGUCAGUCUGAUGGAACUCCUGCACGAAUUCUGUCCAGGCCUAAAGGAAUCUGGGAUCAAAGAUGUGACAGUGUACAGAGUUCUGUUCAUACUGGACGGUCUCGAUGAAUGCAGACUCCAGCUGGAUUUCAAAGACAGAUGUUGUGAUGCGACACAGUCAGCCUCGAUUGAUGUGCUGCUCACAAGCCUCAUUGCAGGUCAUCUGCUACCAAAAGCCAGCGUGUGGAUAACCACCCGACCCGCCGCUGCCGGCCUCAUCCCUCCAGAGUACAUCGACCGGGUGACCGAGAUACGAGGCUUCAACAACCUGCAGAAGGAAGAGUAUUUCCACAAGAAGAUCGGAGAUGAAGACCUGGCCAAAAGAGUCAUUGCAAACAUCAGGUCAGCCAGGAGUCUGUACAUCAUGUGUCACGUUCCGCUGUUCUGUUGGAUCUCCUCCAUUGUCCUGGGAAAAAUGUUUGCCAAAGCAGGAGCAGGAAAAAUGCCAAAGACCCUGACUCAGAUGUACAUCCACUUUCUGGCUCAUCAGACCACACAAAUGUUUGUCAAGUACAGCAAGGAGCAACAGCUGGAUUCUGAAGGAAACAACGAGAUGAUUCUGGCACUGGGGAAGUUGGCUUAUGAGCAGCUGGAGAAGGGCAACCUGAUCUUCUAUGAGGACGAUCUCAGAGAGUGUGACAUUGAUGUUAAAGACGCCUCAGUCUAUUCAGGAGUCUUCACUCAGGUGUUCAGGGAGGAGUCCUUCAUGCAGCAGAAAGUCUUCUGCUUUGUGCAUUUGUCUGUCCAGGAGUUUCUUGCAGCUUUGUACGUACAUGUGAUGUACAAGGUCCACGGCGUAAACUUGAUGAAAGAAACAAAGACGACGUCCAAAACCAAGCUUGUAUCCAAACUGCACAAAGCUGCAGUGGACCGAGCCUUGCAGAGCGACAACGGCCACCUUGAUCUGUUCCUGCGGUUCCUCCUUGGACUCUCUCUGGAGUCUAAUCAGAGUCUGCUCAGAGACCUGAAGAUACUGGUGGAACCCAGUGAUGAUCAGAGUCAUGAGGAGAUUAUCAAGUACAUCAAGGAGAAAAUACAUGACCAGAGUCUCCAUCCAGAGAAGUACAUCAACCUGUUCCACUGUCUGAAUGAGUUAAACGACGUUUCGCUGGUGGACGACAUCCAGAACUGCCUUGAUUCAGACCGAGACUCCAUGAUAGACGAGAGCAGCCCUGCAGCUCGCUGGGCGGCUCUGGUCUUUGUGUUGCUCACCUCGCCAGAGAAGUCAGAGGAGAUCCAGCUGAAGAAGUACUCUGGGACAGAGGAAGGCCUCAAGAGGCUCCUGCCAGUGAUCAAAGCUUCUACAUCAGCAAAGUUAAAUGACUGUAAUCUCACUUCGAACUCUUGCCAGUUGCUCUCCUCCACUCUCAGCUCAGCAUCUUCACAACUGUGUGAAUUAGACUUGACUGACAACAGCAUACAAGACUCAGGAGUCAAGUUUCUCUGCAGCCAACUCCAGAGCCAACAGUUCAGGUUGAAGACGCUCAGUCUGAUCAGAUGCGGUCUCACCUGGAAAUGCUGUCAAAGUCUGGCUUCAGUUCUGAGCUUUAACUCAUCACGACUUCGAAACCUGAAUCUGAGUCACAACGACAUUGAAAACUCAGGAGUCGAGCUUCUCUGUGGUGGACUGGGAAACAAGAGCUGCAAACUGGAAACCCUCAGGCUGGUGUUCUGCAGCAUCACACAGGAAGGCUGUGAUUUCUUGGCCUCAGCAGUGAAGUCCAACCCAUCCCACCUGAGCAAGCUGGACCUGAGCUACAAUCACCUGGGAAAGUCUGGAGAAGAGAUACUGUCUCAGACUCUGCAGGAGGCACGCUGUGAAUUUAUCAAACUCAGAGUCAACCAGAAUGCAGAACACUGGUUUAAACCAGGACUGAAGCAAUAUUCAUGUGAUCUCACACUGGAUCUGAACACCAUUCACAAACUCCUUGAGUUCUCUGAAGAGAAGCAGACCGUCAGCUGGAGCAGUAAGGAGCAGUCGUAUCCAGAUCACCCCGACAGGUUCGACUACUGGACCAUCGUCCUGUUCCAGCAGGGCCUGACCAGUCGUUGUUACUGGGAGGUGGAGUGGACGGGAAAGUGGGCCGGCAUCGGAGUGACCUACAGGAGCAUCGGUCGCAAGGGGCCGGGCAAUGACUCUGUGAUGGGAUACAACAAGCUCUCCUGGUGUGUGCACUGCUCUGAUCACGGCUACCGAGCGUAUCACGACUUCAAGAGCGUCGUCCUUCCGGUGCCUCUAGCCGGCUCUCGGAGGGUGGCAGUGUAUCUGGACUGGGAGGGCGGCGUCCUGUCCUUCUACAGAGUUUCCUCUGGAGGCUCGCUGGCUCACCUGCACACCUUCCAAGCCAAAUUCACCGAUCCUCUUUACCCAGCGUUCAAGGUGUGGGGUAAGGGCUCGUCGCUGAGGCUGUGUCAGUUGAGAAAAAAAGCAGCGAAUAACUGAAAACUAGCGAUCACUGUGAGGCGAUGAAGUCUCCCUGAGCAAUACCAGAGAUGAUAAAAAGGAGAGAGUCUCCAUUUAAACUGUAGAGAUAUUCAAAAAAAUGGCACUUAGAUGAUGCAUUACCCACCUGAACAGGUAAACGUCGUAUGUACCAUUGUUAUUUUGGUAAUAUUAUAGGCGGUGUCAUCUCGCUUAGCUAUACCAGAGGUAUUAAAAGUAGGAGAGUCUCCAUUGAAAAUCUAGAAAGAAGAAUCCUGAAUAGAUUGUACAACACUUAACCUGCCCAAACAUCCAGUCAUCUGCUUUGAAACAGCCAAACCAAUAAAGAUCCAGCCAAUUCAGUUGUUGUAAUGACUUGCAAUGCCAUAAAACGUGGAAGCAGUCAAACUUAUAUAGGGGGAAAACCACCAAAAAUCUUUUUUUUCAGAUUUGACUGGGGAUUAUGUAUGUGUCCAUUCAAAUUACAGUUAUGGCUCUUCCCCAGUUCAUUUGGAUUAAAGCCUG